CAGCAGCAGCUGACUGUCGAUCCCACUCAGCCACCAUCAUCCGAGCCUGAUAAGGAGGAUCCAUGCCCCUCCACUCUAUCCCAGCUCCGAUCCGAUCCGUUUUGCAAGGCAGCCAGUCCAUGGGGAAUUAAUUCCAUGGAAUGCGGGAUCUCCACACGAUAACCAUAACAGGGCGCUUCGCAGUAUGAUGACAUGGAUUAUCCCUUUCAUAGCCGCAAGAUGACCUCUGGCUUUCUUCAGCUCCACGUCAUCCAGCCACAGAUUCUCCGUUUGAGUUUGAUCGCGGCUCUAACAACUGGGCGAAACAAGUGCUCCCGAUACAAAUCAAGAAUCGUGUUGUUUGACAGCGACCACGCAAUCACUGACAGAUGUCUCAAGACCCCGUCUGAAGCUUCCCUCCUGACGAUCGACUCCUUACUCAAUGUCCCGACACUUUGCUGUCUUGCAAUUGUACUAAUCUCGACGUUGGACUUAUCUUGGAUGGAUCUGGUCUUGACAUGAGGUUCCCCUCUCCCCCCGAUUCCGAUCCAGCCACCGAACCAGGGUCCAAUUGGCGCUAAUCUCCUGCAAGGCACCGGCCGCAACAAUGGUGAUAUCCCACACGGCAUUGUCGUCAUUCUCUUCAUCAUCCUGAUGCGAU